AAUUAUAUAUAUCAAGUUACUUUCGUAUCGUACAGAACAUAUGUACGCAACUACAGUAUAAUGAGCAUUGGUAAUAGUAGAUUACAAUUAGAAAUAGUGCUGUAGGCAUAUAGUAGCAGAUGAUAGUGAUAAAUCAUGUUUAUAUAAUCUAAAUUAUUUACGAUACAGUGAAUGUAUCGUUUAUAUUUCGCACUGUUUUCACAAGGAAACGUUUGAUAAACCUGAACGUCAUACAUGUCAAAAUGGCCCGGGAAUAUGAUCAUUUAUUUAAGCUUCUAAUAAUAGGAGAUAGUGGUGUAGGUAAAAGUUCACUGCUGUUACGAUUUGCUGACAAUACUUUUAAUGGCAGUUAUAUAACGACAAUAGGAGUGGAUUUUAAAAUUCAAACUGUGGAUAUAGAUGGUGAGAGAGUAAAGCUCCAAAUUUGGGAUACAGCUGGACAAGAACGUUUUCGGACAAUAACUUCAACUUACUACAGGGGAACACAUGGUGUCAUAGUUGUGUAUGAUGUGACCAGUGGUGAUUCUUUUGCUAAUGUAAAAAGAUGGUUACACGAAAUCGAACAAAAUUGUGAUGUGGUCAACAGGGUACUUGUAGGAAAUAAGAAUGAUGCACCUAAUGAAAAGGUGGUAUUAACAGAAGAUGCACAAAGAUUUGCCAAUCAAAUGGGAAUUCAGUUAUUUGAAACUUCUGCUAAAGACAAUAUUAAUGUGCAAGAAAUGUUUAUGGCUAUAACACGGCAAGUAUUAAGAACCAAAAAAGAAAGGAAGGAACGACAGGCUAUACAAACCAGUGAAACGGUCAAUUUAAGAAAAAGCACAAAGCAGCAUAAAAAGAAGUGUUGUUAACAACAUUGUAUAAGCAUGCAAUCUGUAUUAUGACCAUUUAAUAGAAGAACAAACAUGAAGCAAAAGUAAAGCAGAGAGCAUGCGAUAGCAUCAAAAUGAUCAAUAUAAUGUAAUACCGACGAUUUUUGAAACUAUUAAGUUUUGUAUCUAAAUUACAUCAUCGAAGAUUGUAUUCUCAUAGAAAUAUACUUUGAUGCUAGUAAUGUUCAAUAUACAUAGGAUGCAAAUGUUAUGAGUGUGUA